AUUCUGAUAACAGGGUUGGCGACCAUUGAUGCUAUACAAUUAUAGCGAAAAGCAUACAUUUUCAUCUGUCAUUUCCGUACAAAAUAUUUUUGCUUUGGAGCAGCACUGGUCAGAAGUCAGAAGAGAGAUUAAUUAUGUGCUGAGAGCAUGUGGUGUUGUUAGAUAAACCACAAAAUAAAAUAAAGUUAAGAUGGAAAAUGAUUUACAAUUCAGAGGAGGGAAUCCAGGAGCAGUCCAAUUUGGAAAUUUCAUGAAUUAUUAUCAAUUUCAUUCCCCAAAGGAAAGAAUAAAACUCCUUCCAAAACAUAUCUGGAAAGCUGGGAAACCUUGUGUGGUACUGGAUAUUGGUUGUAAUUCGGGAAUUUUAACUGAAGCGAUAAAGGAGUUCCUCAAAGAAAACAUAAUGGAAGAUAUUUCCAUCUUAGCUGUUGACAUAGAUCCCCUGCUGAUAACUCGUGCCAAGGAAAAUAGCACCAAUGAUAUUACCUUCCACUGUUUAGACAUUAUGGACAUAAGCCGAAGAGACGAUAUAAUUAACGAAUACCUAAAAAACAAACAUAUUGAAAAAUUUAGUGUAGUGUUUUGUUUUUCUACUACAAUGUGGAUUCAUUUAAAUUAUGGAGAUGGUGGAUUAAGAUCAUUUUUGGAAUAUAUUGCAGGAAUUGGUGAAAUUGUCAUAGUUGAACCUCAGCCAUGGAAAUGUUAUAGAUCUGCUGUGAAACGAAUGAAACAAGCUCAUUUCACAUUUCCGUUAUUUUCAAGCUUAAAAAUGAGAGAAACCAUUGAAAGAGACAUAGAAAUUAUACUGUCACUUCAGAGUUUGGAAAAAAUAACAGAAAGUGAAAGGACUAAAUGGGAGAGAAAACUGCUAAUUUAUAAAUAUUCUUAUAGUAAUUCAAGUUAGCAUUAAUGAGACAAAGAAAAUUAUUGAGAAUACAAUUCAGUUGAAACACA